CGUGUGACCUAGACUUAAGUUUGUGUUAUUUUUAUGUACCCACUGGUUUUAUGAAAUUUCUCUGUAUUGUGUAGUAUUUUUACUAGUUUAUAAUAUAUGUGUACGAACAAAAUGACUUGUUCUAAAUCCUGUAGCAAUCUUCUCCAUGUUGGACCCACAACAACAAAAAAAUAAAUCACUCAUACAGUAUGAGUGCGAACUCUGCCUAGAGUUUUUUUUGUUUAUUAUUGACGUACGUAGUCUAUGAUUAAUUCAUUCGCGGCAAGUUUUUGACCUCCUGAAAAGUGUCUGCUAAAGUUUAUUUUCUAAUUUACAUUGGAAUGUUAGGAUGGCAACUAAGGGAGACAAAAGUUAUUGCGAUUCACUGUUUGAGCAUCGAAAGUUGAGAUAUGAUAUUGAAAAUCUAAAAAAAAUGAAAGAGACGGCUCAGUCUGAAAAACUGAAACUUGAGAUGCACAAGCUGGAAGUGAUGAACGAGCUCCGCCUGUACGAGUGCAUGCUGCGGGACCUGAAGGCCGACAGGAGGACGGUGCGGCCCGAGGACUACUUCAACCGCCCCCACGUGCGGCAGGCGGCGGCCCCCAGGGCCCCCGGCCCGGGCACCCCGCGGUCCCGGCCGGAAGCCGACGACGUCAACAGGGAGCACAUAGACAUCGGCCUGAACACGCUGCAGUGUAUGGUGAAUGGAGAAAUCUAUCUCACUGACAAUGAAGAGAAUGAAGAUGAUGAGGAUGAAGAUGAGUACGAUGAAGAGAAGGACGAGUUAUCGAUGGACCAGAACCAAGGCGUCUUUUGAUCGUGUUUCAAACAUGGGCGACACUGAUCGGCCGUGCAGACUGUGCUAUUGCGCACCAUCAGCUCGGCCAUGUUUGUAAAUGUGUGGUCGGAGAUCUGGCACAAAGUGACAGCAAAUAAAUGAGGAUCAGUCAUUUCCCAUUACUAGGGACAAGG